GUUUCCUCCUCCAGUAAACUGACGACGAUACAAGCUCUCUCACCAACGGCGACAGUAUCUUUGCCGGCGGCGGGAGCGCUUCUGCUUAAUCUGUAGCUCAAACUAAAAAUUCUCUGGGUAUUACUCAUGGUGAUUUGGAAUAACGAUGAUGAUGAUUUUUUGGAGAUUGAUAACUUUCAAUCUUCUCCACGGUCAUCUCCAAUACAUGCAAUGCAGUGUAGGGUCGAAAAUCUAGCUGGUGUAGCCGUGACAACUAGUUCUUUGAGCUCUCCUACUGAGACAACUGAUUUAGUUCAGAUGGGCUUCUCAGACGAGGUUUUUGCUACAUUGUUUGACAUGGGAUUUCCUGUUGAGAUGAUUUCUAGAGCGAUCAAGGAAACUGGACCAAAUGUAGAAACUUCGGUUAUAAUUGAUACUAUCUCCAAAUACUCAAGCGACUGUGAAGCUGGUUCUUCCAAGUCCAAGGCUAUUGAUCAUUUCCUUGCUAUGGGAUUUGAUGAAGAAAAAGUUGUCAAAGCCAUUCAAGAACAUGGAGAAGACAAUAUGGAAGCAAUUGCAAAUGCAUUGCUCUCUUGUCCAGAGGCUAAGAAACUGCCAGCAGCAGUAGAGGAAGAAGAUGGCAUUGACUGGUCAUCAAGUGAUGAUGAUACCAAUUACACCGAUAUGUUAAACUCAGAUGAUGAGAAAGAUCCAAACUCAAAUGAAAAUGGCAGCAAAAUACGGUCUUUGGUGAAGAUGGGUUUCUCAGAGCUUGAAGCUUCUUUAGCUGUCGAGAGAUGUGGAGAAAAUGUGGAUAUUGCAGAGCUCACAGACUUCCUUUGUGCUGCUCAAAUGGCUAGGGAAUUUAGUGAGUUUUACACUGAACAUGAAGAACAAAAGCCUAGACAUAAUAUUAAGAAAAGGCGGUUUGAGUCAAAAGGAGAGCCAAGAUCAUCUGUUGAUGACGAGCCGAUUCGUCUACCAAAUCCAAUGAUAGGAUUUGGGGUUCCAAACGAGCCCGGACUCAUUACACAUAGAUCGCUUCCAGAGUUAGCCCGAGGGCCACCUUUUUUCUACUAUGAGAAUGUCGCCCUCACACCUAAAGGCGUUUGGGAGACUAUUUCCAGGCACUUGUUCGAGAUCCCACCUGAGUUUGUGGACUCAAAAUAUUUCUGUGUUGCAGCGAGGAAGAGAGGCUACAUCCACAAUCUCCCCAUCAACAACAGAUUUCAGAUUCAGCCUCCACCAAAAUACACCAUCCAUGAUGCAUUUCCUUUGAGUAAGAGAUGGUGGCCAGAAUGGGAUAAAAGGACCAAGCUUAAUUGCAUUUUGACUUGUACAGGUAGUGCUCAGUUGACUAACAGGAUUCGUGUAGCCCUUGAGCCUUACAAUGAAGAACCAGAACCGCCUAAGCAUGUACAAAGAUAUGUGAUUGACCAGUGCAAAAAAUGGAAUUUGGUUUGGGUGGGUAAAAACAAAGCUGCCCCACUCGAGCCAGAUGAGAUGGAGAGUAUUCUGGGAUUUCCAAAAAAUCAUACUCGUGGUGGAGGCAUGAGUAGAACUGAGCGCUUCAAGUCCUUAGGAAAUUCGUUUCAGGUUGAUACUGUGGCGUAUCAUCUGUCUGUCCUGAAGCCCAUUUUCCCACAUGGAAUCAAUGUUCUCUCUCUUUUCACGGGUAUUGGUGGUGGGGAAGUGGCACUUCAUCGUCUCCAAAUCAAAAUGAAGCUUGUUGUGUCUGUUGAGAUUUCAAAAGUCAACAGAAAUAUUUUGAAGGACUUUUGGGAGCAAACUAACCAGACUGGAGAAUUGAUCGAGUUUUCAGACAUCCAACACUUGACUAAUGACACAAUCGAAGGGUUGAUGGAGAAAUAUGGUGGAUUUGAUCUUGUAAUUGGAGGAAGUCCUUGUAACAAUCUGGCAGGCGGUAAUAGGGUAAGCCGAGUUGGUCUUGAAGGUGAUCAAUCUUCGUUGUUCUUUGAGUAUUGCCGUAUUCUAGAGGUGGUACGUGCGAGGAUGAGAGGAUCUUGAUCAUUCACAUUACCUGAAGUAGAUUGAAGUAGAUAUGACUCCAUGAAAUCUAGUUGAACUUUAUUUUUCUAUAUCUGUUAUGUAAUAUGGCCAUGAAGGUACAUUUUUGAAUAAUAUAAGUCAACCUAACUCUCUUUUGCUUUUUGCGACAAUAUAUCUGCAACUGCAUUUGCACUUUUCUCUUCCCUGCCUUAACACUGAUGUUCAGUAAUGUAUUCAACCAGACAAAUGUGUCAUCAUAUAAUCUUUGAUCCUUCCUUCAUGCGAAGGGUUAAUGGAGAAAUAUGUUUGGGGUAUUUGUAUAGACACUUUGGUUAAGGAGUC